CACAUUCUGGACGCGUGGACCGGUCGGUGUGAAUAGCGAAGUGUCACUGAACCGGUUCGAGGAGGAUGUCAACGCGUGACGCAGGAGAGCUGCGGCUCAGAGCUGCUCCGCCUGCGCACAGCACCACACGAACCCUGCGGACAAGCGAACAGCAGGUUGAAACAGUUGAGAGGCUUCAGCCGGAAAAUCAUAUAGCUGUUGAAAUCCCGAAAGUCCAGGACUGUCACCGAUCCUCCAUCAGUCAGGAGGGAGCACACAGAGCACCAAAAUUUGGAGCGGAUAGAAUAAGACAGCGGGAGGUGAACUUCCAGAAACCUUAUGGACAAAGAUUCUCCUCCUCUCUCCUCAUAACACUCUCCAGGAAUCGAAACCUUGACAAACCACAACUAAAUUUGAAGUCCGACUCCUGCCUACACAGUUUGACUGAACCACAGAGGCCUGAGACUGAGAACGGCUCCUGCCAGGUGAACAGCAGAUCAUCAGCACCAGAGACGCCUUCAGAGACACACAGUUACUGCCGUUUACCACAGACAAAACCAUUUCUAGCCACAAAGGAAAAGGAUGUUAUCACUGUUGGUUGCAAUGAACUGGAGACUACAAGGCACUUUAAUGUAAAUCACAGUUUGCCAAAUGGUCACUAUGGACCAAAUGAAUGUAAUGGCUUGCACUUGCGUCCAUGUCGGGCUCAACCAAAAAGGACUGGCACUGGACCAAUAGAGGUAGAGGAAGAUAUAAAGGACCAUACAAAGCUUGAGAAUCAAAGGGAUCCUGAACGAUCCAAACCUGCUGUCACCAUGCUGUCUUCCACUGUGGUCGGAGUUCUCGCUCCACCCUGGAGUGGCCGUAUACGACGGAACAAAAGAUUCGAGGGAACUGGAAAUUCAGAUUCUCAGGGGAAUUUACAAGAUGUGACAAGCACUGUGGCAAAGAAUGCUCAUUGGGAGACUCAAAACCAACAUGGUCCAGUGAGGGUAAUGGCAGAGGGAUCACAACCCCAAGUGAGAGCCCCAUUUCUGGGUACCAGGAGGAACACGUUGGACUGGUCAACAAUGAGUGAUCCUUUAUGGAUGGACUAUAAUUCUAAUAAGAAAAUGAUUCAAACUGUCUCUCUGGAUGUAAACUCUGGAAGGAGUGACGACAGGAAACUAGUUCCAGGUGCUUUAAGCCCUGUAACCACAAAUACACCACGACUAUCUCCUCCAUCCUUUGACCCAAAUGAACAAAGGAGAAAUCCACAAACCGGCCAUCAAGGACCACUGUCACCUUUAAGCUCUAAACCAACAACCAGCAGUCUGCUUCUGUCUUUAAGACGAAUCAAUUCCAGUGGCAGGAGUUCUAAUGCACCCCACACCUUCCCUGUUGAAAAUCCUGCUCCAAGUGAUCAAGAAGGAAACUUGCUCCCAACACACCUUUCUCAAACCUUUUUCAAUAAUAAUGAGCAAGAGAGGUCAAAGCCUGUCCGCUCUCCAUCGUCCAUUUCUUAUAGGUCAACUGAAAUCGGGCCUGUCCUUUCCCCAUUAUCCUCCAACCACAGAGAAAGAAGUGUGUCUGAAUCACACUUCUUUUCAACUUCACCUUUAAACGAAGACACAAACGACACACCCUUCACUCAACAACCUCAAACAUGUUCCAAACAGGCAUUUCUGAGUAAUGUGCCAUCAGCAGGGCAACAGAUCUGCAGGGGUUCAAACAAAAAUCCAAGCCUAUUCCCAAAGACCUCAAUCCCCUCGCCCAGACAUUCCCCAUAUAAUCCCUCUGACCUCCUAAAAACCCACCCCCUCCCUAGAAGGACCAUACUGACAUCCACUUCCUGGUGGAAACAAGUAACCAAGGAAGGCAGUUCUCCUUUAAGCCCUGAUGAUACAAUCAACAUCAAAGACCAGCCGAACACACCCUUAGUUCCACCCUGUAAUAAAAGCAGUGCCUUGGCAGGGCCAACUUUAACUGACAGCAAAAGAUUUAGUAGUCAAAUCCCCAAUAACAGAGACAACAAAAACACAACAGAGUCGGUUUGCAAAGGUAACAUGAACCUUAUUAUGACACAGGGAGGAACUCAGAACCUUAAACAAAUAAAGGACUUACCUGAACACAAAUCAGACAGACUAUUCAGACAGCAAUAUGGCUCCUAUUUAAAUAACAGGGAACCACUAAAGCCUCUUAAUUUACCAGAUGUUUUGUCUAGGUCUCGAUUUAACAAAGCUACAGUACAGACAACACUGAUCUCACAACACAAUCCAACUGAAUUACCUCCUACUUUGCUAAAUCUCAAGAGCUCAGAUUCACCCACUGAGAGCAGCAGCAAAUACAAAAAUGAUCUUUGCUCAUCCGAAACCAGCAGCACUCCCACAUUUCUUCACAACAAAGACUCUGAAAAGUUAACCAAACAUUCUCUUACCCUUUCUUCCACCAUCCCUCUCAACAGUCAAGCUCCUACUAUUAAAACUACAUCUGUUCUCCCUCCAACCCCAAACACCAGAACUGAUUCCUCCUUUCAUUUCCAUCCAGUUUCCUCUCAGACAUACGUUCACACUUCAAACACUGAUUCUUCUUCCCCAACAUCCAAAUUACCUGACAGAGCCAACAUCACACUUCUUGGCUUUAAAAGAAGCUAUGUCUCCAUACCCACGCACCCUAAAGCAGUGUCUAGUCUGAUUCCCACUGUCAGUGCUUCCCCUAAAAUAAACAACAUCCCUGUAUCCACUGCAUCCGUCACCUCUACUAACAUUGCCAGCCAUCCUGCAGUCACAACUGCUUCAAGCCCGUCCUACCUUACUCCUGCCAUCAAGUUAUCUCCUACCACCAACUACAUCUCCUCUCUCCUAACCCCCCCUGCCACCCCAAUCAUUACUAGCCCCAGCUACUUAGAUACAUCCAACCCUAAGGAAGGCAGGACAUUCUCAAGCAGCCCAGAAAGGGACAACAAGAAACUGGGCCCCGAGGUGAAGGGAAAGAGAGUGAGACGAGUAACAUGGGAAGACUCUGUGGAUCUGUGUUCUGAGCCCAUCACAGUGGAGAAACCAGAUCCAUCUGGUGUCCCAACAAGUCCUCUCUCCCCUUGUGUUAGAACCCCAUCCAUUUCCCCAUUUCUAAGAUCAGGAAGUCCAACCAUAAAUACAUCUCCUCUGUGCCCCACUACCCCCAAAACUUCCAGCAUACAGAUGGGGAAAGGAGGGAGGUAUCGAUCCCUGUCAUCUGACCUUGCUCAUUUAACAUCUGCGGAGCAAGAGAUGUCGAAGCAAGGAGCUAAGGACACUCUGAUCUCUGAACCAGUUAGACAGGACUUAACCACAACUGGGCAAGAGAGGACACAAUCAAGGGAGUCUUGCAUAGUCCAGGGCCGUUCCUCUGCUGCUCGCUCCCUACCUCCGGACUUUUCAACUGGUUAUAAGGUUCGUUAUAGCUCCCCGCCUUACUCCACUCUUAUGUCUAGCAGGUCAACACAGGGAGAACCUAAGACUAUUUCACCCAGAUCACCCCUCUUCCAACAAGCUUCUCAGUCAGUGUAUACUCCACUUUCCUUACACGCUGAGCCUGGUUCAGGCAUAGCCAUACCCACAUCCAAAUCCCCUCUGGCACCCGUCAGUCCAACCCAGACAUUUUCUUUUCCCGUGAAAAACAAAAUUGCCACAAAAGAAAGUUCCUGUGAGGUUUCAGAUACAUAUCAACUCAACAAUCAGAGCCAGGAUACCAAUCAAGAUCCCAAGAAUGGCCAGAUAUUACUUGUCAACAACAGGGUUCAUAUCAGCUCACAAGGUGAAAAGGCACACAACUCAACAUGUGUAACUGAAACACUGGUUUACAGCAUUAAAUCUAAAGCAAAUACAGCUACAUCUGCCUCGAAGAACACCACACCUAAACCUUUGCAACAUACAGAGGCCAAGUUAAGCCAACAACCACACAGAGUGCAGAAUAAGAAAGCUACAGGUGAACCACAUACUCAUUCAGGUCAGAGCUCAAGUAGUGGCAGCUCAGCAGACAGUCAGUCCCAGUGUGAGGGAAGCCGCAACAGAAAAACAAAGGAGAAUGUGCUUAGUAAAAGCAGGUUUUUGUCAGUGGAGAGCAGCAAUGAACAAAGCCCAAAGAGAAGCCGGUUUGCACUGAAGAAAAGUGUCAGCACACCAAACUCCAGUUUGUCAAGGUCAGACUCAGAGAGGUCCAAUAAGACUAACAACAAAAUGGACCAGGUCCUUAACAAAAUAAAACAAACAUUUAGCACCAGACGGUCGGAUGACGAUCCAUCAUUUCCAUGGAAAUGGAAAAAGGCUUCCCAAACACCCCAUGUCAGUGGAUCAAGUGACAUCAGCAUUGUCAGUGAUGUCACCGCUGACAGGACCAAAACGGUUAAGGAGAGAGAGAAGGAGGGAUUGGUGGUGAUUAAGGACAGUGACCAAGGAACAGAGUGUACAAAGAGACAGACACAGAACAGAUGCAGUAUCAUACCACCCCCAGCUGUCACACUUACAGGAGGUCAGUUCUCCGUUUGGUCAGAAAAAUCUACUCCAGAAACUGACCAAGAUGAGCAAAAUGCUUGUGCAGGAUUGUCUGACAAUAAAAUCCAAGUUCAUCUCACGCCCCAUAGCCCGACAGUACAUCAUUUGGACUUUUUCAAAGACAACAGGAGAGAUUAUAAACCCACAAUCCAGUUACCGACAUUUAGAGAUCCCAGUCCUGGUAGGAGCCCUAACCCCUCUGGUAGUUGUCCUACUCAGUUCAGGAAGUCCACAUCAGGCUCCAGGAGCCCUUUCUCCCCCUUCCCCUCUCUUUCCCCCGUCUCCCCAUUUUCCUCACCUGACAUAACAGAUGACAAUGUCUUCUACAGCCCAAAGCUACAGCGUUGCAAGGAGUCAUCCUCACCAUGUGAGCCAGGAGAGGGAAUCAGCCUGGGGGGUUCAAGAAGAAGCCGUGCAUCAACUGGUCCUCCAAGUGCAGGUUCAGGACAUGACAACGAGCACUUUGCAUCCUCCUAUGCAGACUUAAAGUAUGGCAUUGAGCCUGGGAGGUCAUUUUCUGUGAGCUCAGUACUCUCCAGUCGACCCUCAGGGCCUGGACGCAUCUCCACUGGAUCCAGAUUCCUGAGUGUGGGUGAUCUCUCGAAAUCAUCCUUGACUUGUGGAGGUAGUGGCGAGGACUUAGAUCAGUGGUCUUUCAGGCCUGAUUGGACCACAGAAUAUGAUUGCCUGCCCCCAAGUGAAUACAGUGGUUCAUAUUUUCCCAGUGACCCUGGUAAAAUGAAAUCAAGGUCUCUUCCUCGAUCAUUGACCAGGCGCUUAGGAAACUGGAGCUCUGGAGACUCCAUUUCUCAACCUGAAAAUGCCACAGGCUCAAAGCAAGCUCGUCUUUGGAGCCCGAACAUGAACACAUUCCAGCUUGAAUGGGAUGCAGAGAGUCCCCCAACACCGCCUCCAACACCUCCCCUGUCACCAGUGUCCAGACGAAUGUCCCAACCCCCCAGCCUUUCUUCCCCCACCUUUCCUAGUCCACCUGGAGCACCACAGUCAGUGGACAGCCAGUCCUCUAGAGGGCAUUUGCCCUCCAGAGGUUAUGUGUCCAGCCUUAGCACCUUUGAGGAGUCAUCUGGCAGCAGCUCAGACACGACAACCGAUGACGAGUAUUACUUAGAAACAGGUGAUGGUGAAGAAAAGGAGACAGAAUUGUGAAAGUCAAACAACUGCUCUCAUUCAAGUCUGUGAUCCUGAACUUAAUGAUGGGGAAUAAGGAGAAACCCCCAAGAGAAGAAAGAUGGGCAGUUAUCUGUCAUGUGCAGUGACCUCCGCUGCUUGUUUACUCUUUUCAUGACACAGUGGAGACAUGAGGUCAUAAGGGACAGCUGGUUUCCUGCAUGAUUUGCUUUUCCAGAGUGGUGGUUGCUGUUGUGUUAAAUGACCAAGCAUGAUAUUAUCAGCACAGUUUUAAACAUGUUUUAAAGUAUAUAAAGUGUACUUUAAUUAGCUGCAAUAUGUGGAGUAAAUAAUAACCAUUCUUCAACAUUUAUAGUUCUGACAGUUGCAUGGCAUUAGUGAGGGAUGUACAUUUUUUCAGCUGUUUUAACAAUCAGCCUAUCUUUUCAUUUGCAUUUCAUCCUGCUACUUAACAAUAAGUGCUGAGGUAAUGUGGAUUAAUAUGCUAUAACAUAUUUCAUCGUCCGUCUUCUGUGUUUGAAGAUUGAAAUGAAUUUGUAGUAAAUGUAGUCAGCAUAAUGCAGAUACAGUCAAUUUUUUUUAUAUAAGCAGAGUGGUUUUAAAGAAAAGUUUAAUCUGGGAUGAAAUACAAUUAAGUUAUUAACAUUUGUGCUAUACCCAGCGCUUGCUCUUAUUUGCACAGUAACAGUCUAAAGUCUUAAUAUAUCUAUUUUGUAAAUAAAUGUUAUAUUUCCAACA